CCAAGUGGUGACCCCUUGACCCCGCGUGCAACGUGGCGCCAAAAUAACCCACACGGCAAUAAAAGUUGACAACGCGCUUCGAACUUCGGACGUCACCGGGCGCUGAGCCGUAUAAAAACACACGUCCGCCGCGCUCAGUCAGCCUCGCCGAGCCAUCAGUCGCCGGGUUUCUCGUCUCAACAUGAGGGUCUUCGCCGUCAUCCUCGCCCUGGCGCUCUUCUCAGGCUGCCAGGCCAGGAGCUUCAUCCAGGAUGACUUGACUGAACCGUGGGAGGCGGCGGUGGAGAACUUCAAGAAAUACAUGACGGCGCUGAACGAGAAGGCCGACCAGAUGGUGCAAAACAUCAAGAGCUCGCAGAUAAAAAGAGAACUGGACACCCUGAUCCAGGACAGCAUGGCCGAGCUGGACGCCUACAGGGACAGCCUGGAGAGCAAGCUGGCCCCGUACACCGAGGUCACCGCCAAGCGCCUGAGCGGUGAGCUGCGAGGUCUGGGCGAGCACAUCUACGACAACGUGGUGAUGGCCAGGGAUCAGAUGGACGUGUACGCCGCCGAGCUGAACACCUUGAUGAAGCAGAGCGCCGACAACGUCAGACAGAACGUCGGCGCUUACACCCGCAAGAUGAACAAACGCCUCAGCAAGAACACCAUGGAGAUCAAAACGCGCGUCGCCACCUACGUGGAGAAGCUUCAGAGUCGGGCCACGGACCACAUGGAGGACUUGAGAGAGCGCCUGCUCCCAUAUGUGACUCAGGUGAGCGACAAGGCCCAGGACAAGGUCCACACCCUGAAGGACCUGCUGGCGUCGCAGGUGGAGAGCAUGAAGGAGCAGAUCCUGAGCACCAGCCAGGACAUCCAGGAAGGCUACGAGAAGACGUCUGACAACCUGCGCUCCACCCUGCUGGAGAAGGUGGAGGAGCUCAGGGGCUGGUUUCUGCCAUUUGUCUCCAUGAUCAGUGACAAUAUGUAAAACACUUGGUGGACAAAUAAAGAUGGAUCUUCCAAA